CCGUCCCGUCCCGUCCCCCACUCCUCCCGUUCCGUGCUGCUCUCAGCAAGAAGAACCAAGGGAGAAGGAAACCCACCACACCACCCCUGAUAAAAGAAGGGGUCGCACGCUCCCGCUCCCGCCGCGACGCCAUGGACGCCUGGGAGGCCACCAAGGCGGUGUUCGACCGGGUGCGGGCGCUGGACCCGGACAACGCGUCCAAGAUCAUGGGCCUGCUGCUCAUCCAGGACAACAGCGACAAGGAGCUCAUCCGCCUCGCCUUCGGCCCCGACCACAUCCUCCACGCCUUCGCCGCCGCAGCGCGCGCCGACCUCGCCGCCAAGCCCGCGUCCCCGCCCUCGCCCGUGCCCGGCCCGCUCCACCAGCCCGCCUCGCCCUGGGCGCCGCCCUCCGACCACCAGCAGGCCCCCUUCGCCGCCGACCACGCGCUCGGGUACGACUACGACGGCGCCGACGCCGACACAUUCUUCUCCGACGACUACGACUGCUGGUCCCCGGCCGGCGCCACCGCCCACCGCCGCAGCUUCUCGCUUAGCGACGCCGAGCUCGCCGCCGCCGCCGCCGGCCCCGGCGCGUGGCGGCCCUGCAUGUACUUCGCGCGCGGGUUCUGCAAGAACGGCUCUGCCUGCCGCUUCCUCCACGGCCUGCCCGAGCCCGCCCCCGACGCCGCGGAGCGCGAGAUGGCCGUCAUGCGCGCCAAGGCCCUCGCCGCCGCCGCCGCGCGCCCGCAGCAGCAGCAGCAGCUCAUGGCGUCCGCGUUCCCGUUCUCGCCGUCGCCGUCGCCGCCCAAGGGCGCCAACCUCAACCUCCUGCUCCACCACCACUACCAGCAGCAAAGCGAGCCCCAAAGGGCGGGGGCCGCCAUGCUGCUCCAGGGCGGCGGCGGCGACGACAUGCACAGUAGCAGGUUCCCUCUGCGGUCGCCCGGCAGGAUGGACCGCGGCGAGCUCGUCUCCAGCCCCGCCGCGCGGCAGAUCUACCUGACCUUCCCGGCCGACUCCACCUUCGGCGAGGACGACGUCUCCAACUACUUCAGCAUGUACGGGCCGGUGCAGGACGUGCGCAUCCCGUACCAGCAGAAGCGCAUGUUCGGCUUCGUCAGCUUCGUCUACGCCGAGACGGUGAGGAUCAUCCUGUGCAAGGGCAACCCGCACUUCGUGUGCGACGCGCGCGUGCUCGUGAAGCCCUACAAGGAGAAGGGCAAGGUCCCCGACAGGUUCAGGAAGCUGCAGCACCCGCACCUCGGCGACUUCGCCGGCUGCACGUCGCCCACCGGAUUGCUGGAUUCCAGGGACCCCUUCGAUCUGCAGCAGCCACAGAUCGGACCAAGGAUGAUGUACGGGAACAUCGCCAACCACGAGGCGUUCCUGAGGAGGAAGCUCGAAGAGCAGCAGCAGGCCAUCGAGCUGGAGGGCCGCCGCUUCAUGGGGCUGCAUCUCCUCGACCUCAAGAUCAGGGGCCACCACCUCGGCUCCUCCCCCGCCACGACCGUCGUGGGGCAAGGCGAGGGCGGCAAGGGCAGUGGCAAUGGCAAUGCCGUCCAGCUGGAGGAUGUCAUCGUCCAAGAUACUCCUACGAAGAUGAACAGUAACAGCCUUGCAAUGAGUGCGCCUGCAGCUGCUGUAUCUGCUGCAGCCGAUGCAGGAGGCGAGCACGAGGAGCAGCAGGAAGCAGGGCACGGGGAGGAAGGCGACGGCAGUCCCAAGCAGGCAGUCAACCUUGGGGAAGACGAGAAGACGGAAUCUGGCCCCGUCACAGCUCCACCCAUUGUUGCUCGUGGAUUCCAAGAAAGUGGUGGCGUGGCCGUGGAGCACAUCUUGCCUGACAGCCCCUUCGCAUCCACCACCAACAAGGAGGCCUCAGCUCCAACGGCUCAGAACGGGGGCAUCAGCAAUGGCAGCCCUCACCAUGUGGCUUCUUCGCCCCUCUUCCCACCUGCACCCGCCAUUGAGCUGCCCCCGUACAACUCCUGCUUCUUUCAGGCGCCCAGGUUUUCUCCUGGGCAUGAAGCCAUUGGGCUGUGAAUACAGAGCAAAAAGGGGUCUCCUUUUCCUCUAAUCUGGGAGGGCUAUCGAUGACCCCAUCAAGUGGAGGAAAGGAGUAGAAAGCUUUGAUUAACAAAUACUAGGUGUAUCUUCAGAGAGGGACAACAACAGCAGCAACAAAAAAGAGAGAGAGAGAGAGAAACAAGUCUAGGUUGUUUUAGCUCUAGGCCUAAGUAUAUGAUAGUAGUCCUAUAAUAUAAAUAAUAAUAGUCUUUUAGUAGCUCCUGCCGGUAUCAAGAUUCAAGUGAUUAAAACCGUAGAUGGCGUAGUACUAGUAAAAACUAGACAGCUAGUCUUGGCAGCCAGUUGUAGUGAAGUGACAUGGCUGCAUACAGACAUCCAAAGGAAACGGACUUGGUAGGUGCCGUGGACAAAAUCCUUGGCCGGACAGACUUGGUGCUGCUGCAGCUGCAGUGCUGCUGCACAAGGAAAAGUGAUGAGACCGAGACGAGAGGGGUGUACUCUGCUGGGACCAGAGCACUCACGGGUGCAGAGAGACUCCACUUCACCUCAUGAGCAAUUCUGCAGGGACCCCCCCUCUGAAUCGUAGGAGCAUGCACCAAGCACUCCUUGUCCUGGUCUUUCACCUUUUGCUCAUCUUUUCACCCUUGUAGAAAACAGCAGGAGGUAGCAGACAGACAGAGGAAUGGGAAAAAAAGUAUUUAUUAGUC